GUAUUAUGUAGAUGGGAUGACUGUGCUGUGAGUUAUGGGGUGUGACAGGUUAAUCCGCCUGCACCCCUCGUCUCCAGCCUCCAGCCCUGCACUUCUCAAUCUCCCUCGGCUGAGUUUCCAUUCAGCCACUGGAGGAUCUCAGCAUCAUGGCUGCUACCGGAACUUUUCGUAUGGUCUCAGAGGAGGAGCAGGCGUUACGCACUAAACUCGAACAUCUGAGCAUUAAGGACCACGGGCCGGUUUACGGACCCUGUAAAAAACUGCCGGAUCACACUAAACAGAAGGCUAAAGAUGAACUGAAUGAAACCGAGGAGAAGAAAGUGUCUUCUAUAAAGGAAUUGAGGGCCAUGAUAAAAGAAAAGGGAAGCGAAGGGGGCGAUCUGGCCAAAGCUGUGCAAGAAAAAUUCGAGAAUGAACCAGAUUCCCUUCUUCUGAGAUUCAUACGUGCCAGAAAGUUUGAUGUGACAAGAGCACACGAGCUUAUGAAAGGUUAUGUGCGGUUUAGGCGAGACUAUCCGGAGCUGUUUGAGAACUUAACCCCGGAGGCUGUGCGCAGCACCAUUGAAGCCGGUUACCCUCGAAUCCUCUCCACCAGAGACAAGUACGGCCGAGUGGUGCUGCUCUUCAACAUCGACAACUGGGAUCUGGAGGAGGUCACUUUUGAUGAAACUCUGCGUGCCUACUGUGUAAUCCUUGAGAAACUUCUAGAAAACGAAGAGACCCAAAUCAAUGGCUUUGCCCUCAUUGAGAACUUCAAGGGCUUCACGAUGCAGCACGCAUCCGGCAUCAAACACACCGAGCUGAAGAAGAUGGUGGACAUGCUGCAGGACUCUUUCCCGGCCCGAUUCAAGGCGGUGCACGUGAUCCACCAGCCCUGGUACUUCACAACCACCUAUAACGUGGUGAAGCCCUUCAUGAAGAGCAAACUGCUGGAGAGGGUUUUUGUUCAUGGGGACGAGCUGGAUGGCUACUUCAGGGACUUUGGUAUUGAAAUACUUCCUCCGGAUUUUGAUGGGACGGGUCCCAACUGUGACGGCAAAGAGACGGCGAUCAAGCUUUUUGGAUCUGAAGAUACAGCCCUUUAAAAGACCCAAUCCAACAGCAUAACAUUGUGACUGUUUGUUUGUUUAAAAUAUGGUUAAUAUGUUUUAUAGAAACUUUGAAGGAAAUUAUUAGAGUACUUUUAACCACUGUAUUGCACUAAAAGUAGAAGAAGGUAACGGUUCCUGUUAACACAUGUACUGUUGCGAUGAUCUCACUGGCCAAUACAUGAAAUACCUAGACUUAUCUGACAUUUGUUUUAAACAGAAAAACCUGAAGUGUCUUUUCUUCUUUGCCUUUUAAACGUUGGCCUGACAUUUCAAAAGAAAGUUUUGUACUAGUUUUUGUACUAGAAAAUAAGUGUAAUAAUUAGAAUUAAAUGCAUAAACUUGAUUACAAGCCUUGACCAAGAAAUAAUACGGUACUUUGUUGUUUUAGACCGAAUGGCUUGUACUGUAGAUCUAAUGUUGUGGUUAUUGGUGUUAACUCAUGUUGGUUCUUCUAGACCCAGAGCUUUAGUGUCAAGUCUAAUUGACAUUUCAAUAAAGUGGGCAAAAUGUUGA